AUGCAUGAGAAAAUAGCGGUCAUCCGGAGGAAGCUCGCCAUUGCACAAGAGCGACAGAAAAAGUAUGCGAAUCAGAGGCGUCGAGAGUUGCAAUUUGAAGUAGGAAGUAAAGUAUUCUUGAAAGUGGGGCCGAUGAAGGGAAUUAUGCGGUUCGGGUAUGUUCUGGACCCUACACAUGUACUAGAAUAUGAGCCUCUCCAAGUCCGCGAGGAUUUGACCUAUGAGGAAUUUCCAGUUGGAAUUCUUGCACAAAAAACUCAAGCACUCCGCAAGAAGACCAUUCCGAUGGUCAAGGUGCUUUGGAGCAACCACACCGAAAAACAGGCCACCUGGGAGCUAGAAGAGAACAUGAGGAUCAAGUAUCCAUAUUUAUUCGAUCGAGAUGGUGAUUAUGAUGACGCAGAGAUGGAUGGCCAGGAGUAG